GUCAGCGCAUUCCACGUGGCCGGCAUGGGGACUUCCUGCUCUCUCAUUCUCGUCCCUGGAUUGGCUGUGAGAGUCAUCUCACUGAGCCUGCGCGAAGCAAGACACGAGACGAGGUGGGGGGGCGUGUCUGCGGGUAACAUGGCCGCUACUGGGGCCGGUGUGGGCCGGCUAGAGGAAGAGGCGUUGCGGCGAAAGGAACGGCUGAAAGCCCUACGGGAGAAAACCGGACGCAAGGACAAGGAAGAUGGGGAGCCAAAGACUAAGCAGCUCCGAGACGGGGAGGAGGAAGCUGAGAAGCACAGGGAACUCAGGCUGCGGAACUAUGUCCCCGAGGAUGAGGACCUGAAGAAGAGGAGGGUGCCGCAGGCCAAACCAGUUGCAGUGGAAGAGAAGGUGAAGGAGCAGCUGGAGGCUGCCAAGCCUGAGCCGGUCAUUGAAGAAGUGGACCUGGCCAACCUCGCACCCCGGAAGCCUGAUUGGGACCUGAAGAGAGAUGUAGCCAAGAAGCUGGAGAAGCUGGAAAAGCGGACCCAGAGGGCCAUUGCCGAGCUGAUCCGUGAGCGGCUGAAAGGCCAAGAGGACAGCCUGGCCUCGGCAGUGGAUGCCACCUCCGAACAAGAGGCCUGCGACUCGGACUGAGGCCUGCCCCGUGCCCUCCCCCUCCACCGUCAGGCCUGUUCUCUCGGAGGAUGGUCUUGGACAAGAGCGGCUGCUGGGCUUGUGUCACCUCCAGUUUGGUUUCACAGCAGUGACUCCCUACCCCCAUCAGUCUGAACCACCCUCCGUGAGGUCAGCUCCUUGUCUCCCGAGCGGUCCCCAUCACCCUGAGGGGGCAGAGCCAGCAGCAGCCCUGUGGGCUUGCUGUGUCUGUACAUAUGUGUGUAUUUUGGACUUUUUUUUUUAUCUCUGGAAAUAGAAACAAACAAAAAAACUGUG